AUGAAGGGUGCUCUUGAGAAGAUCUCUGAGGUUCCACCUGACCAGCUUCCUAGUGGGGAUAAGAUUUGGGCCAGGAAUAUAAGAGAGUUGUCCUAUGACAUAGAGGACAAUAUCGACACAUUCAUGGUGCAAGUCAAGGGCCAUCAUCAGCCGGCCAAAAAGCUUGGCUUCGCCAUGCAGUUCGGUGAGAAGAUCCUUGGUCCCUUGAUGCAGCUCAGGAUUCGCCGCAAGAUUGCUAUUGACAUCAGAGAAAUCAGGGGCCGUGUUGUAGAGGUGCACGACCGGCGCCGCAGGUAUGAGGUUAACUACAGUGUUGAUAAGCCUGUCAAAGUUGACCCUCGUGCAUUGGUUCAGUAUGAGAAGGUGACCGAGCUUGUUGGCAUUGAGGAGUUAAGAGACAAGGUGAUCAAGAUUUUGAUGGAAGGAAGUGAGGUGUCCAAGGAGCAAGACAAGAUAGUUUCCCUUGUGGGGUUUGGAGGUUUGGGGAAAACAACUCUUGCUAAUGUGGUGUAUGAAAAACUUAGGCCGCAGUUUGAUUGCUCGGCGUUUGUAUCAGUGUCUCAGACUCCUGAUAUGGUUAAACUAUUCAAGGAUAUCUUCUAUAAACUUGACAAGGAAAAGUUCGAGAAACUUGCCAUUUACAAUGUUGCAAGUGUUGAUGUUAUUAACAAUGAAUUAAGAAAAUUUCUUCGGCAGAAGAGGUACUUGGUUAUUAUUGAUGACAUAUGGGAAAUCUCAGAUUGGAAAACGAUCAGAUGUGCUCUGCCCGAUGACAGUGUUGAAUAUAGGAUCAUCACAACUACUCCCGAAGGUUUUAUCCAACCUGAAAAGCAAGACAAGAGCUUAUUUGAAAUAGGGGAGAAUUACCUUAAUGAGCUCAUAAAUUUAAGCAUGAUCCAACCCAGGCAUGACAAAAGCACUGGCAUGAUAGAAUCUUGCCGUGUACAUGAUAUGGUGCUUGAUCUUAUAUGUUCCUUGUCAAGAGAAGAAAACUUUGUUACUGUACAAAUCAAUAUGGUUCACUCAUCUGCAUCAAAAAAGCUUCGAAGGCUAUCACUUCAAAAUGGCAAGGCCAGUCAUGGUAAACUUGAGGCUAUGCUGAGCAAAGAGCGUGCUGUGAGGUCAGUUAUUCUCUUUCAAUCCGUUAUUGAUAACAUACCAACGGUACUUGAGAACUUCAGCAUUUUGCGUGUACUAGAUUUAGAAGGAUGUGAUCUUUCACAAGGCUACAGCCUCAAGUAUCUUGGUAAUUUGCUUCAUUUGAGGUACCUAAGUUUAAGAGAUACAAGGAUUGAUGAGCUCCCCGAGGAAAUCGGAAACCUACAAUUUCUACAAAUGCUAGAUAUAUACACAGAGGGGAAAGCAAUUCAUAGUUUGCCGUCGGCUAUUGUUCAGCUAACGCAAUUGAUGUGCCUACGCAUAAAUAUUUGGAUGACAGUGAUAGAAGGGAUUGGGAGCUUGAUAGCCCUUGAAGAGCUUUCGUGUCUGCGCAUCAGCUAUGAAAAGAAGAAGAUGCUAGAAGAGCUUGGCCAACUAACAGAGCUGAAGGUGCUUGAUCUUGAGAUCAUCACCGCCGAUUUCAUCAGUGGAUCCCUGUUGGAGAGCGUCGACGACCUGGACAAAUCCGUGGUGGAGUGCCUCAACAAGCUCCAGAAAAUCCACACUUGGUUGAUGGUGAAUCCAUCCCGCCUUGUGAGCCUCUCGUCACUCGAUAUCGCAGUGAAGCGGCUGCAGCAGGAGGAUCUUGAAAUCCUAGGGAGGUUGCCUGCUCUCGGCUAUCUAGAUCUGAGAGUGGGCCAUAAGGAUCUAGGGAUCAUCCAUGGGAGAUUUCUUGUUGGUGCUCGCUCGUUCCCAUGGCUGGUCCACUGCCUGUUGUUGGGAUUUGGAGAGCCUAUGGUGUUUCAGCAAGGGGCCAUGCCAAGGCUCGUGGAUCUCUCGUUUGACUUCCCAGUGCAGCGGACGAGAGAAAUUAUCAAUGGCAGUUUCGACCUGGGAUUGGGGAACCUGCCGUCGCUGCAGGAUGUCUGGGUUAAUGUUCGGCCUCGAGGUGCCAGCAUGGAGGAGGUGAGGGAAGCAAAGGCUGCGUUGAGGCACGUGAUUGAAGUCGUGCAUCCCAAUCAUCCUACCCUUCACAUAUGA